UACGACUUCCUUAACUGAGUUGUCGAAAUUCAGUGAUUUACUUUCAAUUUGAAGUUAUAUUUUUGCAUUAAAUUUAGACACAAAACCAGACCCUGAAACAGAAUCGAUUUUGCAACCUACGCACGCCUUCGCCUUUGGGGGCGCCGGCGCUAAGCGUCGUUCUUCGUCAUUAACAGACUACUACUAGAAAAUCAAGACGGUUUAGACCGUCCCAACGUUUUGUGUCAUAUUUGACGAUCUAGUGUUCAAGACAGUGUUUUAUAAGUCAUCACAACUAUGCUGUGAACCGCACUGGCCUUCCUUACAGGCCAUGCAGGGGCCCAGCGGCGCCCUGCGCUUUGCUCUACUUCUUCUAAUUGCCACCGUUGGCCCCCCAGGGGUCUAUACCGAAGGAAAUGUUGGGUGUCUCUUCAGCCAGCGACUUUGCUUGGAGGAAAUCGAAUGGUGCUUUGAUGAUUACGCCUUUGGGCGAUGUUUGCCUACAACGGGAAGUGUGGAGGAGGAAGACUUGUAUCGGUUUGAUCUGGAAAGGGAGGUGUUGCACGCUUUAAGUCGUGAACUGAGGAGACUGUUCGCUUUGGGUUACCGUUGGAGUCAUGCAUAUACUCAGUGUACACUGCAAGGCAUGCUGUUCGCCGCUAAAAAUGACAUUGCGUUCGACCCGAUUACAUGUUCACAUUUAGUUGAUCAAGACUUGGAAGGUGCGCUUAAAGCGUUAGAAGGUGAAGACACUAUCGACCCUGAUAAAGUUGCAAUUGUGAAAUUUACACCGAGCGCCGAGAACCCUCACGCCCAAUAUGCAGAUGAAGUCUACUACCCUCCAAUUCCCGACGAACGAGCCGCGGCGCGUGACAUAAUUUUGCCUCCGAAUGCAGUCGACGUAUUUGAUAUGCCCGAUCCUUACGCGGGCUAUGAAAUAAAGAAGCGCGAAUGGAUUCCGCAAAUGAGGCGCCGUUCCGUAUCCCCUACGUACUUUAACGAGUAUUAUAAUAGCCCGCUAGGUUUUAGACUGGGGGAGGAAACGAGAGACUCUCAGGAUUACCUAUCUGAUGGUAACGAGAACGAGUUCCUUACAAACGACAUUCCUUACACUUCGACGACGGAUUUAAGCGUUGACGAUUUCAAAGAAUUUUACCCCACUAUAAAUUUUUUAAGCAAAUUUAACCUCAACUCGGAUGACGUACGAAAAUUGCUGCAACCGGAAAAUGUACCGAUCUUACAGGCGAUUUUGGAAGGGUUCGACAAGGAGGAGAGUAAUUACGACACUGACGUCCUCGCACUGCUCAGGCAAAGGAUGGAGAAUGACGAGCCAGUCGAGCCCGAGAGAUUUUCAAUGCUCUACAAUACUCCGGAAGGUUUCAGAUCUGGAUGGGAGUCUAGAGAUAUUCAAGGACUUGGAGAUGACUUGCCCGAGUCGAGAGUCUAUUAUGAGGAGAACGAGGAUAACGGCGUGGAAAGGCAAGAUGAUGGAAGUGGAGAGUCGACGGAACCGGAAAUAUUUCGCGAGUUGAAACAAUUGCACGACAAGUAUGGCAAUGACGUCGACGUUACCCAAUUUACUAACAAUCACCAACCGUCCAGCGGUUUGGCUACUAAAACCAGUGAUAAUAAUAACAAUAACAAUGGACAAUCCGGUAUCUACACAGAAGGAGGCGUCGUGUACGUCCCUGACUCACAAAUUCAGGGAAACACAAGGGUUGACGAGGAAGAAUCCUUCAAUAAUGACCUAGACGAGUUACUCGAGCGUUACAAUAGUGGGUUUAAGAGACCCGAGCGACUCGAUGUUAAGAAACCAGGCCCACUCUUCGAUUUGCAGCUUAACGAUGGAAAGAAUCAGUUAG